AUGUACACAAUCGACUUUGUAAACGAGGAAAAGUACGUCCGGAGGGUGGGAGAUUUGUGCGGAGAGUUCUAUGUGCCCUUCGCACUUCCAGGUAGGUACAAGUGCAAUGUGGAAGACAUAGAAAAUGUGCUGCACAUGUGGAUGAGCAAAAGUGGUAAAAUAAAAGAUAAGGAAGGAAAGGAUGAUGAGAACGGGUUAUUGCUAUUUGGAUCCAUAUUUAGAGAAACCAAUUUUUCUUUAAUUUUGUCCAAGUCAAGAUAUGAACAGAAUAUAUGUGUGUGGAAAAUAUUAUGGUGUGCAUGGAAGUACAUAUUUAAACAAACAUUUGAAAAAAAUGACAAUAAAUAUAUGCAGAAGUACGAAGGAGACAUUAUUCGGUUUCAAGCUGGUUGUAUUUAUCUCCUAUUCUUUCUAUAUUUCAGUCAACACGUUGAAGAAAAUAAUUUUCCCUACCCUUUGUAUAUGUCGCCGUGCAUAAUGAAUCUCUGUUUGGACGUGACAGAAGAAUGCGAAAGGAUGUGUGUAUACAAAGACUUGAGGAAUAUUUUAAACUUUAUGAUGGACUCCAAUUCGAUCAUCCUGAGCUGUAAUGACAGCUUUGAUGGAGAUUUCCAGGACCGGUAUGGCGCCCCUCUCUAUAUUGACAAAGGCAAAUUGGGGGUGGAAAAUUGCGCAGAAAUUAAUGACGUGGAUUUGCCCUCCUACUUUGCACACUUCCAGGCGGAAGUGAAAGAUCUAUGUGAGUUGUGCGACAAGCAGAGGAGGAAAAGCACCCUCAGCAACACGUCUGCUCACAGUCUGCAUGCCAAGUUUGAGCUUAGAGUUGUUGUUGAUGGAAUCAUUCAGAAGCAGGAUGCUUACUUGGACGACGAGUUUAGGAGCUUCACGUAUUUUUUCGCAUCGUCCCCUUCGGCGAGCUUUCUGUCCCGGAUAGUCCAUAGCGAUGAGUCUAGAUUUACCCAGACGCAAAACAAAACAGACAUAUGGAGCAAAACGGUGGACAAGGCGUACUCGAUUAAUCAAUUUUCCAGCGGAAUUAUGAAGGUGUACAUGUCUCUGCUGCUUCUCUUUCUGUUGCCCUUCUUUGCUUACGUCGGUGUAUUCGGCCACACAAGAAAUCAGACGACCUUCACCUUGUCAUCCAUAUGUGCUUACUUCACCCUUCUAAUGGUGUUUUUCUUGACCAACGGGAUUUUGAGCGUCGGACUUGUCUGCUCGCUGCCGCUGGUGUUCGCAGUUUUCGCCUUCAAUUUAGUCUACUCAGAUUACACAAUAAAAUCUCUGUCAAAUUUUACCCGCUGUGGAUUUUCCUUUGUUCUGUCCAAGUUUUUAUACGACAUUCUAACCCAUUUGGGAGGUGACAAGGCAAACGCUUUCGAUUACGGGUUCAGUGGAUACCUGUACAUGUCACUAUUCAAGGGAAACUAUUAUAUGGUUCUAAAGGCAGUGCACCUUCUUGUGCUUAGCGUUUUUGCGUUGAUGAUUAGAAAAUUGUUUCCUCGGAUUUUUGACGACAGCGAAUUGAAGAGUCCAAAGAGCGUCCAAUUGGAUAAAUACGUCGUGUCCUUCCUGUGUGCGCUUCCUAUCGCUGCGUCCGUCACGCAGAUUUAUUGCUUAGUGAACCAAGCGAUGAAUCCCAUAGACCCUAGCAUAUUUUUUAUGAUCCCCAGCUCAGUAAAUUUUUCCUCACCGAGCACAAUUUUUUCACUUUCGGUUUUGGUCAUCACAACGUACGUGCUAAAUAAGCUCAGAAACCUCGUCGAGACAGAUUACAACCACGCCUUAAACAAAAUUCCGAGCAACCUCAGCGAAUUUUUAUAGCUAGCCAUGUUG